CCCAACGUCACAUCCUAGUAAUCCACCGCCAAUAUACGAGAUAAUAUUUUGAGAAAAAUAUAACACCUGUGGUUUAAAUUUCAUGUCAGCAGCGUCAAUUAAUGGACAUUGUAUCUUUUAAAUUACUGCUGCGGGACUUACUAACCCUCGAGAGAAGAUAAGGUCCGUUUGCACUCGUGGCAACAGUUUCAUCAGCAGCCUGACAAUCAGUCAGGGGAGGAGUCAUCUCUGUGUGAACUACUGUGGGAUAAGUAAUAACGGGACCACGACUAUGAACGAGGCUGAAUAGAAGGCAUUGCACAGCAGAAGAUAAACGAGGACUUCACCAGGUUAAUAAAGAACAACAGUAACCAACGUUAAAUUGACCAUGAUGCUGCAGAGACUCGCCUUUGGUUCAAGGAGACACGUACGCGACCUGCUCAUCAGACCACUGACACAAGCUCCACAUGGCCGGGUCCAUGGCAGCUCCUUUGCUCACCGCGGUGAACUGCGUCAUGCUAAGAGGAUAGUAGUCAAGCUUGGCAGCGCUGUGGUCACACGUGGCGAUGAAUGUGGUCUGGCUCUUGGGAGGCUGGCCUCCAUUGUGGAGCAGGUAGCUAUGCUGCAGAAUCAGGGCAGGGAAAUGAUGAUUGUCACCAGUGGAGCAGUGGCCUUUGGAAAGCAACGAUUAAGACAUGAGAUCCUUCUGUCACAGAGUGUACGACAGGCGCUGCACUCGGGACACAAUCAGCUCAAAGACAUGUCGCUGCCUGUACUGGAGGCGCGGGCCUGUGCAGCAGCUGGACAGAGUGGCCUGAUGGCCCUUUAUGAGGCCAUGUUUACCCAAUACAGCACUUGUACUGCACAGGUCCUUGUGACAAAUCUGGAUUUCCACGAUGACCAGAAGAGGCAGAACCUGAACAGCACACUGCAGGAGCUGCUGCGCAUGAACAUCGUGCCCAUCAUUAACACCAAUGACGCUGUUGUGCCGCCACCGGAGCCCAACAGCGACCUGCAGGGGGUAAAUGUGAUCAGCAUCAAGGACAAUGACAGUCUGGCGGCGAGGCUCGCUGUAGAGAUGAAGGCUGACCUGCUCAUCGCGCUGUCUGACGUUGAAGGACUGUACGACAGCCCCCCUGGAACAGAUGACGCCAAGCUCAUUGACAUCUUUUACCCUGGAGACCAACAGUCUAUCACUUAUGGCACAAAGUCCAGAGUUGGGAUUGGAGGCAUGGAGGCCAAGGUCAAGGCUGCACUGUGGGCGCUGCAAGGUGGCACCUCAGUGGUCAUAGCAAAUGGAACCCACCCCAAAGUAACAGGUCAUGUCAUUACUGACAUUGUGGAAGGCAAAAAGGUGGGAACCUUCUUCUCUGAGAUCAAACCUGCUGGUCCAACUGUGGAGCAGCAGACAGAAGUGGCUCGCAGCUCUGGAAGAACCCUGGCAUCUCUUCACCCAGACCAGAGGAGUGAGAUCAUCUGUCAUCUAGCAGAGCUUCUGACUGAAAGGAAGGAGGCGAUUCUGGCUGCCAACAAGACGGACAUGGACCUGGCUGUUAAUGCUGGCCAUUUGCCACCAGCAAUGCUGACGCGUCUGAGUCUGUCACCGGUCAAACUCAACAGCUUAGCCAUAGGUCUGCGUCAGAUAGCCGUGGCGGCGCAGGACAGCGUGGGGCGUGUGUUGCGCAGGACCAGAGUGGCUCACACCCUGGAGCUGGAGCAGAUCACUGUGCCCAUCGGGGUUCUUCUGGUCAUCUUUGAGGCCAGACCUGACUGCCUGCCACAGGUUUCAGCCCUGGCCAUAGCCAGUGGUAAUGCCCUUCUUCUGAAGGGAGGCAAAGAGGCUGCAAACACAAACCGUGUCCUCCACCAGCUCACCCAGGAAGCUCUUUCAAUGCACAGUGUCCGAGAGGCUGUGCAACUGGUGAGCACUCGUGAGGAGGUGGAGGAUUUAUGUCGACUGGACAAUAUGAUCGACUUGAUUAUCCCUCGAGGUUCAUCCCAGCUUGUGAAGGACAUACAGCGAGCAGCCAAGGGCAUCCCAGUGCUGGGUCACAGCGAGGGAAUCUGUCACGUCUACGUCGACGCAGACGCCAGUGUCGAUAAAGUCAUCAAGAUUGUCAGGGACUCAAAGUGCGACUACCCAGCUGCAUGUAACGCCAUGGAAACUCUGCUGAUUCACCGAGACAUUCUAAGGACGCCGCUUUUUGACCAGAUCAUUGAUAUGCUGCGAAAUGAACGGGUGAAGAUUCACGCAGGCCCUAGAUUUUCUUCCUUCCUGACGUUCAGCCCAUUAGAGGCCAACUCCUUGCGUACCGAGUACGGUGAUCUGGAGUGCUGCAUUGAGGUGGUGGACAGUAUGCACGACGCCGUGGACCAUAUCCACAAGUAUGGCAGCUCCCACACAGACGUAAUCAUCACAGAAAAUGAGGAAACAGCGGAGCAGUUCUUGCAGCAGCUGGACAGCGCCUGUGUUUUCUGGAACGCCAGCUCACGUUUUGCAGAUGGCUACCGCUUUGGACUUGGAGCAGAGGUUGGGAUUAGCACUGCACGCAUCCACGCCCGAGGCCCUGUGGGCCUGGAGGGGCUGCUCACCACCAAGUGGGUCCUGAGAGGGGAUGGACACACAACAGCUGACUUCUCUGAGCACGGCACCAUGAAGUACCUCCAUGAAAACCUGCCUGUUGGGCAGCCUUUAGCCGGACAAAGAGACAGUAACUAGACUUGAGACGAUACACAAUGCUGUACUCGCAUUAGCUACCAGCAGCUCCCCAAAAAUCAGCAACAGAUCAUGAAGUCACUGUUUAAGACUCUGCAGCUCAAAAAGCACAACCUGGAUGUUGUACUUGGUUCUCUGAUGAAGUGUGAACUUUUUUUUAUUCUAAAUUCUACCUCAACUUAUCACACUUUAGAGUUAGAGAACUCGCCCUUAUAGCAACGUUACUUUCUUUAAAGGUCCAGUGUGUAACACUUACGGAGGUUUAUUGGCUGAAAUUGAAUAUACUGCCCAUAAGUAUGCUACUUAGUACGGAUGCUAAUGGUAUACGGAGGUAGUUGUAGUUCCCUGAUGUGCUUGGGUCAGGGAGGAGUGAGCAAAAGAGUCAACAAUCUGCAGUCUCACCAUUAGAUGUCACUAUAUCUUACACACGGGAUCUUUUAUGCAAAAUAAAUACAUAAGAUUUCGCAUAAAAAGUUUUUCAGAUACAUUUUCUUAUAUUAAUGCAAUCUCGGAAUAUCAUUCUUAAACCUCACUCUACGUUACCAUCAAUAAGACCACUUAUCAAGCUGCUUUGACUGGCGUCUCCAACAGCAAUGCAACUGACAAGGCCUUUGACACAGACUCUGAUCUGGCAACUUACUUUACCAGGCUGUGCUAUAGUGCAACACAAACCCUUACUUCAUUCAUUAAAUGUUCAUGAGGCUGUUGACAGUCAUCAGUAAUACAAUGUACAGCGUGUACUUUUAGCCAGGUUUACUGUGUAAAACCACUCACUUACUCAAAUCUGUGGUCAUGGGUCAGCAAUAUUUAAAUUAUUACUUUAUUUAUCCAGCUUAUUUACAUCUUAAUUCAUAUUUAAAAAAUAUGAUCAUGUUAUGAUUGUACAUAUUAUUUAAAUUGUAAUUGGCUCAUUGCCCAGAAGGUUAAUACAUUUCAACAUUUUUAUUUUCUAGCUCUUAUUUUCCGUGUGUAAAUUAAAAAUACACAGGCACUUUAAUUGGCCGAGGUGCCGCUGUUAUACGACUGCGAGGCGGCAUGUGACAGUAAACUGGCUGAUUAUCAUCUUUAUGUUUCCUGUAAUGACGAGGAUUCACAUUAAUGAUAUCAUAUAUGAUACAGAAUAAUUCACCAGGUUACAACCCGCACACCUGAACAUGAAUACAUUAAUGUUAUUUACAGUUUUGAUUUAUCUGAUCGUUGUUACAAGUUCUGCUUUCUCCGUGAUCCGCUGUUUUGCUGUUUGUACCUUGUGGCGCCUAAAGCCUCUUUCAGAGCAGGAACAGUAAUUGACAAGCUGCCUCCUUCAAGCUGGAGGGAAGAACGCAGCUGCUUUUAAAUGAAGCUCUGCAACAAUUCCAGCCUCUGAGCUCCUAUCUGAUGUAUUGCAAUGCACACUUAAGGAGUGCUUUGGCUUGUUUAAUAGCAGUGUUGAAGAAUUAAAAAAAAGAAAUGUUGAAAAGGAAUAUUUGGAA